UGUGUGUGUGKGUGUGUGUGAGUGAGUGUGUGUGUGUGAAGGAGAGAGAGGCUACUGAGGCGGCAUCAGGCAAGGCAUUUUCUCUUUACCCCGACAAACCUUCAGGGGGCUUUUAGCAUUUGUUCAGUCUGCAGUCUCUGGAAAACAUCUGAUUCAUUUUUCUAACCAGUCCCAGAUGCGCCAGUGUGAGCGUGUGUGUGCAUGAAGCGCGCGUCACCCUGAGUCUGCGGGAGAAGAUCUGUGACGGAGGGAGGGAGAAGAGGAGAAGAAGAACAGUGUGGAUUUUUUUCCCGGUAAUAUCACUUUUUUUUAAGUAUGAACGCAGAUACGUGCGUCUCAUACUGCGAUAUGACAUCGAUGGAUUCAUAUUAUAGCACAGCCACCGCUGCGCAAGGUAGGGAGCACCAGGCCAACAACCCGUUCAGGACUUUCCCGAGCGCAGAGAGCAAAUACAGCCCCACGUUCAUCCCGGGUAAAGGGCAGGCGUACGGGGAGAAGUCCCGGAGCCCCUUCCAGUCGGAGUGCCAGUCGCUGGAUGGCGCGGAGGAGGGCACCUUCAGCAAGUACCAGCUCUUCAUGCAGCGGCCGAGCUGCAAGACUCCGCCCGAAGGCAGCAAGCUGCACCCGGACAGCGCGCACAACGGGACGCUCAUUUCCUGCUAUGGUAAAGACAACAGCGGCCUGACAGAUUCCGAAUUGCCCCAGAGCGUCGACCCUCCUGGGAUGGAAGGCAGCUACCUGAACCUGAAGGAGCCUGGCGUGAAGGGACCGAGUGAGCGGCCGGGCUCGGACCUCUCCAGCCCUCUGGACAAAAGUGAGGCAGAGAGUAACAAAGGCAAGAAGAGGCGCAAUCGCACCACCUUCACCAGCUACCAGCUGGAGGAGCUGGAGAAAGUCUUCCAGAAGACACAUUACCCAGAUGUCUACGCCCGUGAGCAGCUGGCACUGAGGACAGACCUGACAGAGGCUCGUGUGCAGGUGUGGUUUCAGAAUCGCAGAGCCAAGUGGAGGAAGAGGGAGCGUUUUGGCCAGAUGCAACAGGUCCGCACACACUUCUCCACCGCUUACGAGCUGCCUCUACUGACUCGGCCUGAGAACUAUGCACAGAUCCAGAACCCUUCAUGGAUCGGGAGCAGCAGUGGAGCGUCUCCAGUGCCCGGCUGUGUCGUGCCUUGUGACUCUGUCCCAUCCUGCAUGCCCCCUCACCCUCACGGCCCCGGAGGCGUCUCCGACUUCCUUGGCGUGUCCAGUCCUGGAAGCAGCCACAUGGGACAGACGCAUAUGGGCAGUCUGUUUGGGGGUCCCGGGAUGGGCGGGGGAAUCAAUGGCUAUGAUCUCAAUGUCGAUCCAGACCGCAAGUCCUCCAGCAUAGCUGCGCUGCGUAUGAAGGCCAAGGAACACAGUGCAGCCAUCUCCUGGGCCACAUGAUGUCCCAGCCCAGCUCCACCCUGCCCCCACUGGGCCCCUUUCUCCGGAGCAGCCGCCGGCCAGCGCUGCGAGGGAGGAGGGACUUUUCCUGAGAGCA